UUCUGAUGAGAUUUGCCUUGGCAGCUCCUUUAAACUCAAACAUGACUUCUUCUAAGCUUUUCUUCGUUCUGUCUCUGGCCAUGAUGUUGCUACUGUCAAGUACCCAUAAGAGCCAAGCAGCUCGCCACCUCUUGGACACAGCAGCGGCUCCUCCACCAGCAUUGCCAGUAGUGCCCACAAUUCCCUCUCUACCCAAGACUGCAUUGCCUCCAUUACCCUCGGCACCGACACUGCCCAAGGCCACCCUGCCCCCGUUGCCCUCGGUACCAACACUGCCCAAAGCCACAUUGCCACCAUUGCCCUCAAACCCCUUGCCUACACUUCCAACUACCCCAACUCUUCCAAAAGCCACCUUGCCACCAUUGCCAUCCACCCCGUUGCCUACACCGCCUACCACCCCACCUGUAAUCCCAUCUUUGCCAAAAUCAGCAUUCCCUACUGUGCCGACAACCCCCUUGCCCACGACACUACCUCCAUUGCAAUCCAGCUCACUACCAACACUGCCCAAGGCCACAUUGCCACCUCUGCCCUCAAACCCUUUGCCUUCAUUUCCAACUGCCCUGACUCUGCCAAAGGCCACAUUGCCGCCAUUGCCAUCAAUCCCAUCGUUGCCGAAAUCAGCAGUGCCUACAACACCCUUGCCAACUACUCUACCUCCAUUGCCAGCCAACUCAGUGCCCACACUCCCAACAACAAUCCCCACUAUUCCAUCAGCAAUUCCAUCUAUUCCGUUCCUCUCUCCACCCCCAUCAAACUGAAUACUUGACUAGUGAGUAGUGACCAUAUCAUAUGAUCACCGUCAUGCUAUAUGUGUGGAAGAGUAUUUGGAUAGAUAUGGUUCUUGUGCUUGAUGGUGGCUUACUAGUUUAUGCAUAUCACUUAUGUUAGUCGUGCUCUGAGGAUGUUAGUACGUUUUCACGAUUUUUUAUUUUUUCCGUUUGUGUUUCAUGGAUUUUCUCGUGUCUACUGUAGUAUUUGUUACUUCUCUUGUUGUAUUAUGAUUACUAAUAGUGUUAUUGUUAUUGCGUUCAUCUGACUGCCCCUUCC